AUGCAAGCAACACAAAAGGGGCCAAAGGCUUGCACCACGUGUGCCAAAGCAAAGGCCAGAUGCAUUCCCAGAGUCGAUGGUGGGGAGAAAUGCGAGAGGCUCAAGAAGGAUUGCUUUUCGCGGCCGCCUGCCCCGCCGCGGGUCAAGAAGCGACCCAAGAGGUCGAGGGUCGCUGAGCUCGAAAAAAGGCUCAAUGAGCUGUCAUCCCAGUUCGAGGGCGCGCAGUCGGGCUCUGGCCAGAGUGUCUCGGCUGCGUCGCCGCCACAGCAGUUCACCAAGGCUUCCGAAAAGGCCGACAUGUACUCGUUUGAGCACCUGUUUCCGUCUCCUACCCCUACCGGCGAUGAUGGCCACGAGGCAACGGCAUGGAGCCCCGAGGUCAUGAAGGAGUUUGAUUCCCCUUGGCCCCUGCCCACCGAGAGCGAGAUGCUUCUCAUGGUCUACCGCGAAAUGUUUGCUGAAUAUUUCCCAUUUGUUCUCAUCCCGCGAGAGCUGUCGUCCGCCGAUCUUCGACUCCAGCGUCCGUUCUUGUGGAAGGCUGUCAUGGUGAGCGCUACUAUUUUCGAUGCUACCAGACAGGUGAAGCUUGGGGAGGCUCUUUUAGCGGAUAUCGGCAAGGCUUCUCUUGUCGAUGGAACAAGAAGUCUCGAUAUGCUCCAAGCCGUGGAGCUGUUGACUGGAUGGUGGUAUUUCGCUUUGAGGAGCUCUCAAGUUACAAACUUGCUCUUCUUGGCUAGAUCCAUGUGUGUCAACUUAAGUGCCAUGUCAUACGGCUCACAGGGUGAAGAUGCCAAGUAUGGUCCUUUGGACCACCUGAGGGCGUACGCUGGUGCCUACUACCUCAACACCAUCAUCUUGACCACGAAUAAGAAAACCGAUGUGCUCAUGAGCACUACACAACUCGAUCUCUGCUGCAAAGUCAUCGAGACCUCAAUGGAGUGCACCUCCGAUGAGUAUCUCAUCAAAUUAGUCAAGAUCCAGCAACUCGCGCAGACCAUUACAAUCACAAUGUCUGCUGACAGCAUGACUCCCAUGUCGUUGCCCCUCGUCAUGGUUGUGCAGUCAUUCCAGGACCAGUUGGACACCUUUAAAGCCUCUCUUCCUCCACGCCUCGCACAAAAUCCGACCCUCCUUUGUCACAUCUCCGUCGCCGAAAUUCUUCUCAAAGAUAUCGCCAUCUCUGACGAGCGUUGUAGCCCUGACAACAUGCAGGUUUCCGACCGCCUUCAGCUUCUUUGGUCUUGCGUCAAGUCUCUCAGCAACUUCUUCGAAGUUCGGUUUGCUGAGCCCGAGGUUGAGAAGCCGCGUUUUCUAUGUAUCAUUGCCUCCGACCUGGCUUACACACUCAUUACGGGCAUUAAACUUUUGACACUGCAAUUGCUUGGCUGGGAUGUGGCGAGCGUCACCAAGGAACUGAACAUGGUGGUUAUUUUUGGCAAGCAAAUCGACCAUCUAAUGGAGGUGAUUGCCAAGCGAAGAAGCGGUCUCUUGUCUCCAGACCGCUGCGGAAUCGAAGACCCCCUGGAACGACUUGUACGAUUGAUGAGGACGGCGCAAGAGCUCGUGCACAUGCACAUCAACGGCGGGUCGCCGCUUCAGAUGUUUGACGACAUGGGCACCGUUGCAUGGCGAGACAUAAUGAACGAGGCGCCUUGGGGCGUGGACGACAGUCAGGAACUCAUUGACUUGGCUUCGUGA